GCAAAGUAUAUUUGCAAUGUAUAUCAAAGUAAUGUUCGCAAUUUAGAUGCAAUGAAGUGGAACCAACGUUUGAUUCUGUCCCUGACGGACACUUUUCACCGACGUGCAGGAAACGGCGGACCUGCAUCAUCAGGUUGAUGUUGGCCUCCUUGUCCAUGAUGAUGUCCCAUGGCUUCAAGAGCAGUAACCAAGACUUCACUUUUGGACCAUGGAGAGUGACUGCAGCCAAAAAUCACAUCAUGAAAUCAAAAGACAUUGAACGGUUAGCAGAGGAGAUAAACAUGCCUGCUCUUCCAGAGAUGUUAUUUGGAGACAACAUCCUGCGCAUCCAGCACACAGAUGGCUAUGGGAUUGAAUUCAACGCCAUUGAUGCCCUCAAGAGAGUUGGCACCAACGAGGAAACAGUCAAAGUGGCCUGUGCUCAAGAGUGGCAGGAGAGCAGAGCUGAUUCUGAGCACUCCAAAGAGGUGGUGAGACCUUAUGACUGGACAUACACUACAGACUACAGAGGUACUCUUAUAGGUGAAGGUGUGCUGAUUAAGGUGACAGAAACAACAGAGCGUAUCGACAUGGAGAAGCUAAAGGCCAGAGAACACAUCAUGUUCUUUGAUGAUGUGCUGCUCUUUGAAGAUGAGCUUCAUGAUCAUGGAGUCUCGAUGAUCAGUGUGAAAAUUAGAGUGAUGCCCACCAGCUUCUUUUUGUUACUGCGUUUCUUCCUCCGAGUUGAUGGGGUCCUGAUAAGAAUAAAUGACACUCGACUGUACCAUGAGGCUGGGAAGGAUUUCAUGCUACGUGAAUUUAGCACAAGAGAAAGCAAAAUAGCUGAACUGAAGAAUGUUCCAGCGGCACUCUACACUGAUCCUAAUGAGAUUGCACAACAUCUAACCUUGAAGCUGAUCCAAUGUGAGAAGCUGGAGCUUCCUGUGGCGACGUCUGUGUCUGCUGGUGAAGUUGUUUAGUGACUCGUGGGACCUUUCAGUUGACAAUGUGUUGCAUGACAGAACAAGCAUUUCUAAAUCGCAUUGUUCAUCUCCUAAUUUGAAUCUUACAAGUUUUCCUCUUUAUUUAUGCACAAAGUAGUUUCUAGAGGCGAUUUCCAUAGAGGAAAGCCUGUUGAGUCCUCAUAGACAAUUUAGUAAACUUAUGGAGCAGUUUGCACCGUUGUCAUUGUUCUGGUUUCUGGCAUGCUUCAUUUUACAAAAAAUUUCUAUUUCAAAAUUACAAAUAUUUCAGUAUGUUUUCUCAGUUAUUUUUAAAGAUCAGGCAAUGCUUUCAAUACUUGUAUCUCAUGAUAACUCUGCAAAACCACAGAAACAGUGAUGUUUUAUAACAGUCAACAUUAUUAGGAAUUUCUGUAAAUAUUGCCAUUUGUUACUGACCAAAGGCAAAAAAAGGGUUUUCUUUCCAUUUACAAGAAACAUGUAUGAAAUGUAUGAUUGUCUAUCAUUUGAUCAAUAAAUUUGUUUUUGCAAAAAGUAUUACAAAGCUUGAAGUAAACAACCUCCAAUUCCUACAUUUUUUUUUUCUUUUCUCUUAAUGAACUUUGAUGCUACAGCUUUAAAAAGGUUCACAAUUUUUGUUGCUUCUAUCCAUCAACUCUUUUCAUUGUAUCCAUUUCUUCUAAGGCUCCAUUAAAUACAUUGUCUCUG